CUCUCCCCCGGUUCUCCUCCCUCUCACCCCGCCGUCAGUCAGUCAGUGAGUCUCUCUACUGGCUGAAUGUUCACCUGUCGGACUGAUUAUCUACUCGUUUCACCUGCGGAGGAAGCAGCUCAGCGUGUUUCCACUGUGGAAGCUGUGGGUUUCUUGUCAUCCAGCGUGGAUUUUAAAUCAGUGUGGAGAACAUUAGGAGGAGUGUCUGGGUCUGUCUAACCUAAGUUUGGGAGAAGUUGACUGCUUCCACAGACAUAAGACGAGUAAUUAGAGUCUGAAACGCAACAGGACGGAACGUCUGGAAGUCAAACGGCGACCGAUGGUUCCCGUGAAUCGCUGCUGACGGUGGAACGAGGCGUUCAGGGACGUUUCCGCGGAGAAGGAGCGGACUGACCGGGGACGGACUCUCCGGGCUGCCGGUGCCUCUGUGGCCGGUCAGCUGGUUCACCCGCUGAGGAUAAAUAAUUGGGCUGCUGGGUGGAGGAUGGCCUGUUGGAAGGAGGGUUUCAUUCUGCUGGUUCUGCUGGCUCUGGUCGCCUCCGGACGAACGGCUCGACACCGCAGCUUGAGACGUUUCACUCGAGGCCACCAUGAUCACCGGCCGCAGCAGAACAUCACGCUGGCCGUCAUUUUGCCGCAAAGCAACACAAAAUACCCGUGGGCAUGGCCUCGCAUAGGCCCCGCCCUGGAGAGGGCCAUCAGAACCGUGAACGCCGACCCCACCCUGCUGCCCGACCACCACCUCACCUACGCCUUCAAGAACAGCGAGAACAAGGACGAGAUCUGCUCCGAGUCCGUGGCGCCGCUCAUGGCCGUGGACCUGAAGAUGGCCUACGACCCCUGGGCCUUCAUCGGGCCCGGCUGCUCCUACACCUCCUCCCCCGUCGGCUUCUUCACCACCUACUGGGACGUCCCCAUGGUUACGGCGGGCGCUCCGGCCGUGGCGUUCUACGGCGGCGUCUACCCGUCCAUCACCAACACGGGCCCGACCCACAAGAAGCUGGGCAGGUUCGCCCUGCGGAUCUGCGAGCACUUCGACUGGCGGGAACACGUGAUCCUGAUGUUCAGCGACAACAAGGCGGACGACCGGCCGUGUUACUUCGCCGUGGAGGGAUUGUACACGGAGCUGAAGAGCAUCAACAUCAGCCUGGUGGACCGCGUGUUCGAGGAGAACAAACCGCCCAUCAACUACUCGCAGAUCCUGUCCGACAUCCAGAACGACGGUCGCGUGAUGUUCGUCUGCUGCUCCCCCGACGUCUUCAGAAAGCUCAUGAUUCAGUUCAGGCGAGCCGACCUUCCUCACGAGCAGUACGUCUUCUUCUACAUCGACGUGUUCGCCGAGAGCCUCAACUCAAAAAACCAGCAGCCAUGGGCUCGCGGGGACGAGGACGAUGCCAUCGCCAAGGAGGCCUUUCAGAGCGUGAAGAUCUUGACGUACCGAGAGCCUCAGAACCCCGAGUACCGACAGUUUGUCUCCCACCUGAAGAAAGACGCCAAGACGAUGUUCAACUACACCAUCGAGGACUCUCUGAUGAACAUCAUCGCUGGAGGGUUCUACGACGGCGUCAUGCUCUACGCUCACGCUCUGAACGAGACCAUGUCGGCGUCCGAUGGUCGUCCUAAGGGAGAAGUGGUGACCAGGAGGAUGUGGAACCGAACGUUCCACGGUGUAACAGGGCUGCUGCACCUGGAUGAGAACGGAGACAGAGAGACAGACUUCGCUCUGUGGGACAUGAUGGACACAAACAGCAGCACCUUCCAGAUGGUCCUGAUGUACAACAGCUCUGAGGAGCAGCUGACUUCUGUACCAGGAACGUCUCUGCACUGGUUGGGUGGAGUCCGUCCACCUGACGUCCCUGUUUGUGGCUUCAAGAACGACAACCCGAUCUGCCUCGCAAAAACCAUCACCAUCCACCAGAUGGUCUCCAUCGUGGUCUUCUUCAUCAUCACCAUGACUCUGACCGUCGCCGUCUUCAUCUACAGGAGGAUGAAGCUGGAGAAGGAGCUGGUUGCUCAGCUCUGGAGGAUUUCAUGGGACGACAUCCAGAUGAGCAACAUGGGCAAAGUGCUGCGCAGUGGCAGCAGAAUCACACUGUCACUGAGAGGUUCGAACUACGGAUCCUUGAUGACCAGAGAUGGAAACCUGCAGGUGUUUGCAAAGACAGGAUACUACAAGGGAAACAUCAUAGCCAUUAAAUACACCAACAGAAAACGCAUCGAGCUCAACAGAAUAAUUCUGUUUGAACUCAAACACAUGAGAGAUGUUCAGAAUGAACACCUGACCAGGUUCAUUGGAGCGUGCAUCGACCCUCCCAACAUGUGCAUCAUCACAGAGUACUGCCCUCGAGGAAGUCUGCAGGACAUCCUGGAGAAUGACAGCAUCACUCUGGACUGGAUGUUUAAAUAUUCUCUCAUCAACGACAUUGUCAAGGGUAUGGUGUUUCUCCACAACAGUGUCAUCUUCUCUCACGGUAAACUCAAGUCAUCGAAUUGUGUUGUCGACAACCGCUUCGUGCUGAAGAUCACAGAUUAUGGUCUGUCCAGCUUCCGAUCUGAGAGUGAUUCGGGAAGCGACGCUCACGUCUACUACGCACAGAGGCUGUGGAUGGCUCCAGAGCUGCUCCGCUUGGAGUCUCCUCCUCCUCAGGGAACCCAGAAAGGAGAUGUCUACAGCUUCGGCAUCAUCCUCCAGGAGGUGGCGCUGCGACGAGGAGCCUUCUACCUGGAGGGAGAACCGCUGAGUCCCAAAGAGAUCGUGGACCGGGUGAUUCUGGGCGAGUGGCCCUGCCUGAGGCCUACUCUCGACCCGCAGAGCCACAGUCCUGAGCUGGGUCAGCUGAUGCAGCGCUGCUGGGCCGAAGAGCCGACGGAGAGGCCCGAGUUCAACCACAUCUGGGUGCUGCUGCGCAAACAGAACAAGGAGUCGAGGACCAACAUCCUGGACAACCUUCUGUCCCGCAUGGAGCAGUACGCCAACAACCUGGAGGAGCUGGUGGAGGAACGAACCCAGGCUUAUAACGAGGAGAAACGCAAGGCUGAGGCGCUGCUCUACCAGAUACUACCACACUCAGUAGCAGAGCAGCUAAAACGUGGAGAGACGGUUCAGGCUGAAGCCUUUGACUCGGUCACCAUCUACUUCAGCGACAUCGUGGGCUUCACUGCCAUCUCUGCAGAGAGUACUCCGAUGGAGGUGGUGACGCUGCUCAACGAUCUGUACACCUGCUUUGACGCCAUCAUCGACAACUUUGACGUGUACAAGGUGGAGACCAUCGGCGACGCCUACAUGGUGGUUUCAGGGCUGCCGGUCAGGAACGGGAAGCUGCAUGGCAGAGAGAUCGCUCGAAUGGCGCUGGCUCUGCUGGACGCUGUCAGAACCUUCAAGAUCCGCCACAGAGCAGAGCAGCAGCUGAAGCUUAGGAUAGGAAUACACAGUGGUCCGGUGUGUGCAGGAGUUGUGGGCCUGAAGAUGCCUCGGUACUGUCUGUUUGGUGACACAGUCAACACGUCGUCACGUAUGGAGUCCACUGGAGAAGCGCUGAAGAUUCAUGUGUCGGCGGCGACUCAUGACGUCCUGCUGGAGUUCAACUGCUUCCAGCUAGAGCUGAGAGGAAACAUUGACAUCAAGGGGAAAGGAAAGAUGACCACCUAUUGGCUGCUAGGGGAGAGUGACAGCCAAUGACAGCGCACCGCGGGCAGGAGAACCAAUGAGCAAGGACAUGAGGAGGUAAAUAAGGGACAAAGUUAAGGUAGGAAGGACUUCUGGAUGUCUCAGGUUGUCGUCGUCAUGCAGCAGAUUCGACUGAUCGCCUCCUUCGUAAGUUUGAACAAAAACACCUUCAGACUCCUGAACACGCAGGAAAGAACCGGUACGUUUACGCUCAGAAACACAACGCUAUAGAAACUCUGCAGUGUGGAAGGAACAAACUGAAGCAAAUGAUGGGGGUAAAUGAAACAAAGGUCUGCAACAUGAAGGACAAGAACGGGAAGAUUUUAGAUUCUGUUGCAGGGACGCUCUUUUCAAUGUGGUCCAGUUUCAUUGCAAACUGUGACCAGUCAGGGUCGGUGUUAUUCAGCAGCAGGACGGUGAACCACAUGUACUGUUAAUAAACCAGCCAGUUAAUCUGCAUCCUUUCAGUUCAACUCCUCGGUAAAAACACAGUUAAAGUGUACAAGUCACCUUUAUGUUGCGUCUUUAUCGUCGGAUCCUAAUGAGCUCAUUUCUGCCUCCCACCGAGUCAAAUAUCUUUCUGCAGCAGAGGAGGCUGUAGUUUUUCUUGGACCCUUGUUUUUUACAGCACCAUGGACCAAACUGGGAACUUAAGGGAGUGUCAUGUCAUUUCUGAACAACAUGGACUACAAUCAGAGCACAAGUAUGAAAUGUGAAUCAAGGCUUUUUUACUUUAAAGGCUAUAGAAUUUGAUUCCGUCUUUAUUUUAAUUGGUUAAUUAUGCAAACUGCUUAACAUGCAACUCUUAGUAACCAAGCUAAGUUUCAGAACAGAAGGUCGUGUUUUAGGUGGAAUAAACCUUUAAAACCACCAGUCAUUCAACAGAAAGCGCUGUUUUAGGAGUAUUUUUAGAUAAUGUAGUAGUUUGGGUGGAAUAAAGCUUUGAAGCCUUUAGUCAGCUGACACAAAACACCGUUUCAGAGUGAGAACCUUUAAAACUACCAGUAUUUGAAAAGAAUGCAAUAUUUUGGAGGGAUUAUACCUUUAAACUUUUUAGUUUUUGGACAGAAAGUAUUAUUUGGCUUCAAUAAAGCUUUGAAACAGCUAGCACAUGGACAGAAAGUAGUAUUUUGGGUGAAGAAACCUUUGAAACUAUCAGUACUUUGACAAAAGUUGUAUUUUGAGUGGAAGGAACGUUUAAAAUAAAUGUUUGCACAGAAAGUAGUAUUUUGGGUUAAAUAUACAUUUAAACUCUUCAGUCUUUAGAUAGAACUAUUUUUUUAUAAAACAAAAAGAAAACCUUUAAAAACCAUCAGUGCAUGGAAACAGUUGUAUCUUGAGUGGAAAAAAACUUUGAAAUAUCAAUUGUGUGGGGAAAAAAUAUUAAAACUACCAGUAUUUGGACAGGAAGGUUCUAUUUUGGGUGGAAUAAGCCUUUAGUCAUUUGAAAGAGAAUAUUGUUUCAGAGUAUUAUACUUUUGAAAUGUUAGUUUUAAAAUACUGCAUUGGACAGAAUGCAGUAUUUUGAAUGGGAUAUACCUUCAGUGUUUCCUCUAGGAUUUUAUUCAGCAGCAGAGGCAGGCUCUCUGGGGAGCAGUGACACGUAAACAAAUGACACUUGACUGCAGAUUUUACUUGUACAACGUGUUUAUUGAAUGGCCAGUUGAAAAUGGCUUUUGAAGGCUGAAUGUUACAAAAAUAAAAUAAAUAUUUGAACAAGCUCAUCUGAAAAUGCCGUCAGCAGUUACAUCAUGGUGUGUAGAUAUUAGCUUAAUGCUAUCAGUUAGUUUACUCACACUAGCGACACUGAGUUGGCACCGGGCCCAGUUAACUAAAGCUACAGGUAUGUUAUGUAAUGUUAGCUGGCCAUCAAUAUUUUGUGAAUGUCUAUUUAAGUUAUUAUGAGUUAUCUUAAGCUUAUAACUUUUCUCCAGUAAGUCGCUGCCCUAUUUUCCAAGACAACACUCCUCUGACUCUCUGACCUGGUGCCUGGUUGCUUGACUUGACAUCACUUUCAAGGCCGCGCUCUCAUGACAUCAGUCGUAUUAAGCCGACGUAUCAAAGAGUAGAUACUGAGCAAGAUAGUUAUCCAUAGUUUACCUUAGUACUGGCGAGUACCUGACAAUGCAGGACUCUGCUGUGAAGGUGGAGAUGUGGUGGUGGUGUAUUUGCGACAAUAACAAAAAAAAAAAGAAAUUUGAAGGAGCGGCCUCUUGGAUUUAGGAAUGGCGGGUCGCCGCUGCUGAAUGAAUGUAGAGAAAACACUGACCUUUAAACUCUUAAAUCCUUAGUCAGAAAGUACUGUUUUGUGUUUCAGUUGUGUGCGUCACCAGUCAUCCAGCUGGGUAGGUGAAGCUGUUGUGAGAAUCCUAGAAAUGUGAUUUGAUUCUGCACCCUCUGCUGCAGAGACGUCAUAUUGCAUCAGCUGGUCAAAAUCGUGGUUUGUGUUUUUCUCUGAGCUGCAAAAAGAGGCAACAAAGAGCCCCUUCCAGACUGAAACACAAGCUUUGAUUUAUUAUGUGUAAUUGAAAAGUUCACAGACUGCGUUCACAAAGAUCAAAACUUGAUUUAAAUUUAUCCUCCAUACCCGUUGAAGUCGCCUCCUUGUGCAGUGAUACUCUGCUCCCAGUGCUCCUGCAAUGCUUUGAACGCUCGCUGGAAGUUCUGUCUUCUAAACAUGUCAGCUCCAUCUCAGCAUGUUCAAUGUUUAGGUGUUUAUUCUGAAAGUUCUCACUCAGACACCUCAGGACGUUACAGCAGAACUCUGCAUUGAUGGUUCAAUCCAGGGGGAUGAAUUCAUAGUGCAAUCACAUGAAAGUUAAAGAAAACAAACAACUUCGUCCAAACUGAAUUGGUCCAACAUCUCCCCCAAAUAAUAAAAACGUUUCCAGAAUGACACUAAAUGUCUGAAAUGAAUAAAUCUUGACCAAAAUUAUUUAAAUUUGCUCCAAAAUAACUCGAUCUGUACACAAAAUGACAAAAUUUUUUUCUAAAAUGACAGAAAUUGUUAGAACUUCUUGAUCACGUCUCAUUUGCCAUAUUGAGUGUUUUAAGACCGUUUUUGUCAAAAAUGACAAAAAAAUUGUCCAAUGUAAAAAAACUUUAACAAUGACUUAAAACUUGUCCAAAAUAUUUUAAAAAGACUUCAUCAAAAUGACUGCAUUGUUCAAAAUAACAGAAAACUGUCAAAAAUGACUGAAACACUGUUCUGAAAAACUUUUCUAUUAUGCCAAAUUCCUGCUAUAAAUGACUCAAAAUUUGACAUCACUCAAAACAUUCUCUAAAAUGACUCGAUCCUUAUAGAAAUUUACUUCAAAUGUGUCCAAAAUGAUAUUAACUUGUCUAAAAUUGUUGCAGAUGUGUACAGAAUGACUCAGAAAUGGUCUAACAUCGAAAAAAACUUGACCAAAAAAAAAAGUGUCCAAAGUGACAUAAUUCUACUAAGAAUGACUCAAAAUUUGUCCAAAAUGACUCGGUGUUUGUGCAACAUUGCUUGAAAUUUGUCCAGGACGACAAAAACGUCGACGAACUUUUUGAUCGCAGCUGGUUUUCCUCUUUAAAAACUGUUUUCAACAAUGAGCUCCUGUUGAAAACGACAAAAAAACUGCUAACUGGUCCCAAAGGAGUCAGACGGCGUGUUUUGCUGCAGACUGAUGUAUACGUGGAUAUCGUCGCUGCUGUGUGGAGCUCUGUGGGUUCAGUCAGACUCCGUUAAAGGUGGAGUUUCAGGAAGCAGCUGCACUGAGAGACGAAGGCCACAGAUCCUCCUAGGAAGAUGUUCAGGAGGAAACGUUCACUCUGUAAAUACUUCACUGUGUUUUCAAUGAAAAGCUGCAGCGAAAUAAAGUUUUGCUUUUGAAAAA